AUGACGAACAGUACUCUUAUUCCUAUCAUACCUACGGAGGCCUCUGGAAGCGAGAUUCUGCCCCCAACUUCGAACGAUGUGCUUCCUACUACGCCUAUCUCCAGUUCCACCGCUGCGCCCUUCGAUUCGACCUCCACGCAUUCUUCAUUUCCAAGCGCCAGUUUCGGGCCAACCUCAAGCCUGCCAAUCACUCCCACGUCCGACUCAACCAAUACAACGUUCCCGCCGCUGCCACCAGUCGUGCCUACUGAAACAUCUACAGUCCGUUCCGACUCUUCGUCCAGUGGCGUCACCUCAUCGGCUACGCGUCCUUCUAGCAUACCUGUAGAUCUAUCUAGCUCGUUCUUGACUUCCUCGGAGCUACCUAACCCCGCUACUUCGUCUUCAAUAGCAUCCGAAACCCAGACUACUAAUACCCUGCAUACACACUCCUCUGAGGUGUCUAGCUCGGCAAUUUCGACAGACUCCGAAUUUCCUACCUCCCCGGCACUUUCCACGUCGCAAAUUCCGCGACCGACCCCUACACAAUCGUCUGUCCAGCCUUCCUCAGAUGUGAAACCCAGCUCCACAACCUCAUCUGCGGCGGCCACCUCUGACCCAGUGGUACCGCCAGUGACAUGGGAUGACCUUGAUUCGGCUUCAUCGUCCAUCUCAGAUGCGGUAAAGAAUGUCAAAGCGGCCGCCGCGUCAGGCGAUAUGGAUGCAGCCGCAGAAGCUCUGGAUUCAUUGAAGAAAAAACUUGAUUCUCUCGGAUCAGAUCUCGCCUCGGCCGGCUCGGACAUCCCAAAUUCGGUCAAAGACUCGCUCAAUUCCUCCAUCGAAGGUGCCAAAGGACUUAUUAGCACUAUUGGUGGUCUUUUUGGAUCCGGCUCAUCAUCAGAAGCCUCUAAAUAUAUUGAAGAGUUGGAGGGCGUGUCGAAUAAGAUGUCAUCUACAGUGAAGGACUCACCGGACCGACCCAAACCGACCUCUGCGCCCGUUACGACAGAGCCCGCCGAGCCCACAUCGUCUCUCGUCCACAUCCUCCCUUUCUCCCUCGAGCAGCGGCGCUUCAUCAGAGAAGUCAUCCACAAUCUCUGGCACGAUUCCGUCCUCACCCACGGGAACGUUACCGACGAGCCAGGUUUCUUCGACAGGGCUUACCACAUCUACCAUUUCUGUCAAAACAAGCUCGAGGCUCUCAGCAACUUCGUCCGGUCAUUCCUCUUCCACUUCAGCUUCCGUAACCAACACUCAGACACAUGGCACCAGCCUAACAGAUUUCUCCGUGUCAACAAGCCACUCCUCGCCAUCACCAACCUCCACAAGUUCAUCGCCGAUUUCAUCAGAUUCUACUACUUCAUUCGUGACAUCUACCCGCACAACCGAUUCGACCGCGAGCACAUCGUCGACAUCUAA